AUGUUGUUUGUUUGGCUUGUUUUAAUUAUUUUCCAUUGUGUGGAAGGAGUUUCGGUUAUUGUAGUUGGAGCGGGGGCUUCCGGAAUUGCCGCAACUGCGAAACUUUUGGAUAAUAACGUUACAAAUGUGACAAUUCUGGAGGCGGAAAAUUUACUGGGGGGAAGGGUCCGGACUGUUAGUUUUGGAGAUGGUUUGGUGGAACUAGGGGCUGAGUAUUGCCACGGACAAGAGGGGAAUUUCGUUUACGAAGUCGCCCAACAUUUAUUAGAACCAAGCGAUGAAUUUUUUGCACAAAACGUCUAUUAUUCAAACGGUACUAAGCUCGAUGUUACCCUAAUGAAAGAGUUAGUACCGCUUAUUUACUACUACAAUAAACAAAGUAAUGAGACUUUUGAUUCUAAGGGAAAGUCUUUGGAAGAUUUAUUCUACCACAGACUGAACUCGACUGUAGUUCAAAAAUAUAAAAAUGAUGAGGAGAAAUUAAAGAUUGUGCUAAAGGAGUUUCCACGUUAUGCCGAAACGUAUAUUGCGUCAGCUGAAGGUGCAUUUUCUUGGUCGCAUUUAUCCAUAGAUAAGGACUAUCAGGAGUCACCAGGCCACCAAAUGUUAGUUUGGAAAAAAGUUGGCUACAAAACGAUUUUUGAUUUUCUCUUGAAAAAACACUCAAUCGAAGACAAACUCCACUUGAAUUCAAAAGUAACUCAAAUCAAUUGGAACCAAAGCGAACUUGUCACAGUUUACACUUCUGAUAACAAAUCGUACUCUGCCGAUUUUGUCAUCUUCACCCCAUCCGUUGGAGUCUUAAAACACGAGAAAACUUUAUUUAAUCCGCCUCUCCCGCCUUUGAAACAGCAAAGUAUCAAAGCCACCGGUUUUGCUGGAGUCAUGAAAGCAUUCGUCCAGUUCCGAACAAAAUGGUGGCUUGACAACGACACCGAAUUUUCCUUCCUCUGGAGCGAAAACGACUUGAAAAACACUUCGUUCACAUCAGGACCCAGCAAAAACGGGAUUCCUUGGGUGUCCCAAUUGACCGAUUUCCUGAAAGUUCCGCAUAAUCCCAAAGUGUGGGUUUGGUGGAUCAGCGGAGACUUAAUCCCCGAACUUGAGAAACUUCCUCCAGAAACAAUGAAAGCGGGUUUUGUCUACGUCUUGGACAAGUUUCUCGGGAAAAAUUACAACGUUUCCGAGAUUGAGGCAAUUGUGACGUCGAAAUGGUACACAAAUGAACAUUUCCGGGGGGUAUACUCGUUCACCAAAACCGGAUUUUACGAAAAAGGGUUCUCGCACCAGGAAAAACUGGGAGAGCCUUUGGUGGGAGUUUCGGGAAAGCCGGCGGUGUUGUUUGCAGGGGAAGCCACAAAUGGGGUUCAUUAUUCGACCGUUCAUGGGGCAAUUGAGACGGGAUUUCGGGAAGCUGGACGAAUUAUUCAAACUCUUUGACUUGUUUUUAUUAAUCAGCAAAAUUACAUGACACGACCUUCAAUACAUUAUAGUGAAAUUUUGUAAUAAAUUAAUAAACAUUUUAUCGGU